AUGAUCAGUAUGGUGCGGUGGCACGUGGUGCUGGUCGCGGUGGCGCUGUUUACCGGCGCGGGCGCUGGCGCCGCCGCCGAACAGAUGCAGUCCCGUGCCGUUGACACCGGUGUAGAUCUCAAAAUAGCUGAAGCUCAGCCUGUGGGAACUGUUGUUGGGAGAAUCCCAAUCAAAUCCGGGUUUACCUAUCGUUUUAAUGAACCACCUAAAGAAUUUGCUCUUGAUCCAGUUUCCGGGGAAAUUAAGAGUAAUGUCAUUUUGGACCGAGAAAGCGUGGAUCGCUAUGCUUUUGUUGUACUGUCAAGUCAACCGACAUAUCCAAUAGAGGUACGAAUAAGAGUAACAGAUGUAAAUGAUAACUAUCCAGAAUUCCCUGAACCAAGCAUUGCUGUAGCGUUUUCAGAAAGUGCUGCCGCUGGAACAAAGUUACUUUUAGAUGCGGCGACGGAUAAAGACUUAGGGGAGAAUGGAAUUACUAACGAUUAUAGAAUAGUUGAUGGUGAUAACGAAGGGAAAUUUCGUUUGAAUGUUACUGUUAAUCCAAGUGGACAGACAUCAUAUUUACAUUUAGAAACGACAGGAAAGUUGGAUCGUGAAACAAAUGACUUUUAUGUAUUAAAUAUUUCGGCAAGGGAUGGCGGGAGUCCUCCCAAAUACGGGUAUCUUCAAGUUAAUGUUACUAUUUUAGAUGUUAAUGACAAUCCUCCUAUUUUUGAUCAAAGUGACUUUUCAGUAUCUCUCAAUGAAAGUGUACCACCUGGGACAGUAGUGUUAAAAGUGACUGCUACGGAUAGUGAUUUAGGUGAUAAUAGCAAGAUCACUUAUGAAGUAACUGAUACUGAAAAACAAUUUGCAGUGGAUCCCGAAUCAGGUGUGAUAACGACUCUUAAAAAACUAACAUGUCCUAAAUAUUGCAGUAAUGCAACAUGUAAUAUGACUUGUGUGCUAACUGUUAUUGCUAAAGACCAUGGUGUUCCUAGGCAAGAUGCACGUACUUACGUCACUGUUAAUUUGAUUGAUGCCAAUGAUCACGACCCUGUUAUAACAUUUACCUAUGUUCCUUCAACAGCCAAUUUUGCUACUGUAGAUGAAAAUGCCAAAAACGGAUCCUUGGUAGCUGCAAUUACAGUGACAGAUUUAGAUGCUGGAUUGAAUGGAAUUACUAGUGUUAGAAUUGUCUCCGGGAAUGAGCUUAAUCACUUUCGUCUAGAGAAUUCUUCCAGUGUUCACAUUGUUCAUGUUAACGGCGUUUUAGACAGGGAAGAAAUAAGCAAAUACAAUUUAACAGUAGUUGCCACUGAUAAAGGUGUGCCACCACGUACAGCUACUUCGUUUUUAGUAAUACAUGUCAAUGAUGUAAAUGAUCAUGAGCCUGUUUUCGAAAAAUCUGAGUAUUUGGCUGUGUUGAGUGAGCUUGCUCCUCCUGGUACUUACGUUGCCGGGAUUACGGCUACUGAUGAAGAUACGGGAGUAAAUGCUGAAAUAUAUUAUGAUUUUUAUGAUGGAAACCAACAACAAUGGUUUAAUAUUGACCAUUUGACUGGUUUAGUAACAACAAAGUCGAUAUUAGACCGUGAAAUUCAAGGCACAGUAGAACUUAAUGUAUCAGCUAGAGAUGGAGGACCCAAUCCUAAAUGGGCAUAUACGAGAUUAAAAAUAACCAUAUUAGAUGAAAACGAUGAAGCACCUUCUUUUCCACAAUUUGUAAUAAAUGCAACUCUACACGAAAAUAUUAAGCCUAUAAAAGAUAUUCUUAUAUUAACAGCAUCUGAUUAUGAUCAAGGAACAAAUGGUUCUGUUUCUUAUUAUUUGCCUUCUAGUAUUGAAAGAAAAUACCCCAACACAUUUGUAUUAGACCCAAUUACUGGACAACUAAGUACGGUAAUCGAAUUAGACAGGGAAAGAAUACCAGUGUAUGAAAUACAAGUAAUUGCUAAAGAUCAAGGAUUUCCUCCUCAGUCAUCAACUGCUAAAAUAUAUUUAAAAGUUCUUGACGUUAAUGACAACGAUCCAUUUUUUUAUCCCCAAAGGUACCUUGAGACAAUUAAUGAAAAUUUACCUCCUGGAUCCAAAAUACUUCAAGUUAAAGCUAUGGACUUUGACGAGGGGGAUAAUGCAAAAGUAAUUUACAAGUUGGAAAGUGGAGGUGAUGGAUAUUUCGAUGUUGAGCCUUUGACUGGCAAUAUAGUUUUACAAAAAGAUUUUCAUAAAGCUACAAAGUCGUUGUUUUCAUUGAAAAUAUCAUGUAAGGACAAAGGAAAUAGACGUGCUGGUGAAGACGCUACUGUAGAAAUAAUAAAAACAUCACAGCUAAAAAAUAUAGUUUUUGAAAAUUAUGAUGGAUAUAGCUUUAAGAUUCUUGAAGAUGAUGGAUUAUCAAAGGCACAAACUGGUCGUUAUGUCGGUAAAGUUAAUGUAAGAUUGUCGGGUGAUCCUGUAUCCUAUUAUAUUGUAGACGGUGAUUUUAAACGUAUUUUUAAAGUUGAUGAAAAAAACGGUGUAAUAUCAACAGAAUCUUAUAUAGAUCGUGAAGAUAAAAUGACAUAUCGUUUAAAAGUCAUGGCGAGAAGUAGGCUUGCAUUUGGAUUUACAACAGUAAAUAUUUCAGUACUAGACGUAAAUGAUAACUAUCCAAUAUUUAUAGAAGAGAAAGAUGAAAUAAAUAUACCUGAAAAUAUGGCAGUUGGACAAGAAGUUUAUUUUGCCCGAGCUACUGACCGUGAUUCUGGCCCUAACAGAACGAUAACAUAUACAUUAAGUUAUAAUCCAGAUAAUAGUUUUCGCAUUUCGGAGACAACCGGGGUUAUUUACUUGAAUAAAGCUAUUACUAUUGAACCGGGUAACUCAAUUUCACUAGAAGUAACGGCUGCUGAUAAUGGGAACCCAUCUCUUGCUACAAAACAUACCAUAACUAUAGUGAUAAAAGAUGUGAACGAUCACACGCCAGUAUUUGAUCACACAUCAUAUGAGACAUCAUUGUUGGAAUCUACAUUAGUAAAUACUAGGUUUUUCGCAAUAUCCGCUUCCGAUGCGGAUUUAGGCCCUAACGGAAGAAUAUCAUAUUAUAUUACGGAAGGUAAUGCAGAUGGAAAAUUUGGAGUAUUUCCAGAUGGUUAUAUUUACGUCAAAAGCACAUUAGAUAGAGAAGAAAGAGACUACUACUCCUUAACUAUUGUAGCAACAGAUAAUGGCAAGCCUCCACGAUCUUCACAAGUACCCGUUGUUAUUCACGUUUUGGAUGAAAAUGAUAACAGUCCACAAUUCACAAAUACUACAUUUAUAUUUAAAAUAAAAGAAAAUGAGCCACCGGAUACAUUUGUUGGAAAAUUAACUGCAAUAGAUAAAGAUAUUGGAAGAAAUGCUGAAUUAACAUUCAGCUUGCCAAUCGCUCAAAAUGAUUUUAGAAUAGAUUCAAGAAAUGGAUUUAUCAGAACAUUAAAGUCUUUUGACCGCGAAAGCUUAGCUCAAAACACUGGUCAAAAUUACAUAACAUUGACUGUUACUGUAAGUGACAAUGGUAAAAUUAAAUUGUCAGAUUCUGUUCGAGUUACUAUUUAUAUUACAGACGUUAACGAUAAUGCGCCAGUUUUUACUCGGAUUCCGUAUAAAGUGGAGGUAUCUGAAGGUGCUACCGUAGGAGCUUCAAUUAUGAGAGUUUAUUCGUCAGAUGCGGAUGAAGGACUGAAUGGUGAUAUUUAUUACAAAUUAGUAGGAGGUAACGAAAUGGAAAAAUUCUCUUUAGACGAGGCUACUGGGCAAUUGUUUAUCAAUAAACCUCUUGACAGAGAAAGUGUAGAUAGAUAUUAUCUCACCGUUUUGGCCCAUGAUUCAGGUCAGACUGUUCGUUUAUCUGCUACUACCACCAUUUCUAUUGAAAUUCUUGAUGAAAAUGACAAUGCUCCGGUGUUUACGCAAACACAAAUGAAAGUGUCAGUUUUAGAGACCGAACCAAUUAAUAAGAAAAUUAUUCAGUUCCAUGCAAACGAUGCUGAUUUAGGUAUUAAUAAUGAGAUACUAUUUGCUAUUACUUCAGGAAAUAGGAAAGAAACAUUUUUCAUUGACAGUUACUCAGGCGAGCUUUUUCUGCAUAAACAUUUAGAUUACGAAGAUCUAACGACAUAUGUCCUUAAUAUAACUGCCACGGAUAAUGGGAGCCCAAGUUUAUCAUCAAGUAUUCCAUUUACUAUAAAUGUGAUUGAUGCAAAUGAUAAUGCACCUGUAUUUACAAACACAGCUAUUGUACGGCAAAUUAGGGAAGGUAUUCCAAUCCAUACUCCCAUAGUUACAGUGACUGCCGAAGACCCAGAUUCAGGACUAAACGGAAAAGUUUAUUAUUCUAUCACACAUCAAGAUCCAAAUGAUAAAAGACGACACUUCGCAAUAAAUAAUAUAACAGGUGUCAUACAUACAUUAUUGCCCAUUGACAGAGAAAAUAUUGAUACAUUUCGUAUAACUGUUGUCGCCUAUGAUAGAGCUGAACCGGCUUCUGCGACACUUUCAGCUGAAAAAUUAGUAACGGUUAUAGUUGAAGAUAUUAAUGACAAUGCACCUGUAUUCGUUUCGAUGAAUGCCGCUGUAAUUAAUGCGGAACGAUUAGGUAGAAGUUUAGGGCGUGGUAUUUUCAUCAUGAACGUGUUAGCUCGAGAUUUAGAUUCAGGGACUAAUGGACUUGUGACGUACAAACUUAUGCAUGGCGGAAAUGACAUUUUUGAUUUACAUAGAAGCAAUGGCGCCUUAAUUUUACGUUACCCACCGGCAAUCCCCGAAGCCAGGUGGAAUCUUGUUAUCAAAGGAACUGAUGAGGCUGUGCUAAGUGAACAACGAAGCACAGAAACAUAUCUAACAGUUAUAAUGGGAGGAACUGAAUUAGAAGGAAUCAUAUGGACAAAUGUGGGCAUUGUUUCUGUUGCUGAAAAUGAACCUCCUGGAACUGCCAUUUUAAACAUGACCAAUAACUUUAAGUCAGCUUUAGAAUAUUAUAUUGUCAAUGUGACUGGUGAUGGAAGGCAAGUGGAUAGACUAUUUGACAUUGAUUCCUCGUUAGGAAUCCUUUCCACAGCAGUUUCCUUGGAUCGAGAAGCAGGCAUUGAACGAUACGAAGUCGAAAUUUGCGCCGUGUCAUCGGGAACGCCAUUGCAGUCCACUACAACCAAGGUUGCGGUGACGAUCCUUGAUAAAAACGAUAGCCCACCGGAAUUUAAAAACAUACCGCCGGCGUAUUUGGCAUCAGAGGACCUUGCACCAGGUCAAAAGAUUGCGACGAUAGUGACCGAAGACCCAGACACAAUCGGCAGUAUUACGUAUAGCAUACAGUCAGAUGAACUGACGCCUUUUGCACUUGACCCAAACACUGGUGUACUAACCCUGAAGGAGCCUCUGGACCGAGAAACAGUGUCAGAAUAUCAAGUCGUAGUGAGAGCCGAUGAUGGAAUGCAGUUCACGGACGUAAUAGUCGUUGUUGAGGUAACUGACACAAACGACAAUCCUCCAGUGUUCAAAGAAAAUGCUUACUCUUUCGAUAUACUCGAGAACGCUGCAAGAGGUUCUGUGGUCGGAACAGUCGCUGCAACCGAUUUGGAUUCGGGGUCAAAUGCUCAAUUAACUUAUACUGUGGUCUCCGAUUGGGCUAACGACGUGUUCUCAUUGAAUCCGCAAACUGGCGUGUUUACUUUGACCGCUCGGCUCGAUUAUGAAGAGACCCAACACUACAUAUUGGUUGCGCAAGCGCAGGAUAGUGGACAUCCAUCCCUUUCUGGCACUGUUACUGUUUAUAUAAAUGUAGUAGAUUUAAACGACAAUGCGCCAAUAUUUGAUCCAAUGAGUUUUUCAAACGAAAUUUUAGAAGAUGUUCCUGUAGGUACUUCGGUUGUAACCGUAAGUGCUACAGAUAUGGAUUCAGGAUAUAACGGUAAAAUAACGUACAGCAUUACAUCUGGUGACGAUGGUCAAGAUUUUCAAAUCUCAUCAAAUGGGACAAUACGGACAAUUAAAUCAUUGGACAGAGAAAAAAUACCAAUUUAUAAUUUAAUUGUAACUGCGAAAGAUCUGGCAAAAUCACCGGAGCCGCAGUUGUCUUCUACAGUGCAGGUAACAAUACAACUAAAGGACGUAAAUGACAUGGCCCCAGAAUUUGUAACUCCCAACAUAACGUUUAUUUCUGAGAAUAUUCCUCUAAAUACAGUCAUAAUGACUGUCAAAGCAAUCGAUAAAGAUGAAGGCAGAAAUGGAUACAUUGAGUAUUUUAUGGAACCGGAUCCUGAAGUCAACGGUUAUUUUUCUCUUGGAAAUGUUGAUGGAAUUUUACGCGCUACUGGAAAACUUGACAGAGAGUUAAAAUCGAGCUAUAUGAUAUUUGUCACAGCUAAAGAUAGAGGAGAUCCUCCAAACUUUACAAAAACUAAGAUAGUUAUUCAAAUUUUGGAUGAAAACGAUAAUAGCCCUGUGUUUGAUCCUAAACAGUAUAGUGCAUCAGUCCCAGAGAAUGCCAGUAUUGGAGCAAGUGUUUUACAAGUUUCAGCUACAGACGUGGACCAGGGAAUAAAUGGACGAGUGAGGUAUUCGAUUGCAUCAGGAGAUGAGAACCGUGAUUUCACUAUAAGUGAAGACACUGGAAUCGUAAGAGUGGCUAAGAACCUUAAUUAUGAACGAAAGUCCCGUUAUUUACUCACAAUCAGAAGCGAAGACUGUGCUAAGGAUGAUAUUAGAUUUGACACGGCUGAAUUAUCUAUAUCAAUUCAAGACAUCAAUGACAAUCCACCUACAUUUCUAGACUCACCAUAUUUAGCAUAUGUAAUGGAAAAUGUUAUACCUCCUAACGGCUAUAUUAUUACUGUUCGAGCUUAUGACGCCGAUUCACCGCCAUUUAACAAUCAAGUACGUUAUUUUAUUAAAGAAGGUGAUGCUGAUUUGUUCAAAAUAAAUGCUUCGUCUGGACAAAUUUCACUACUACGGACAUUGGAUCGGGAAAAUCAGGAUGAAUAUAUAUUAUCUCUUGUAGCUAUGGACACAGGGUCACCGCCAUUAACAGGUUCUGGUACCGUUAAAAUCAUAGUACAAGACGUUAAUGAUAAUAGUCCAAAUUUUGAAAGACAAAGCUAUAAGACGAUUGUUAAAGAAAAUAUGCCAGAGGGUACUAUAAUCUUAAGGCCAAAAGCUAUUGACAAAGACAUUGGCAAUAAUGCUAAAAUCCGCUAUAGUCUACUUGGCGAAAAAUCUGAGAGGUUUGUUAUAAAUACAACAACAGGAGUAAUUUCAACAAACGCAUCAUUGGACAGAGAAGAAUGGGAUGUUUACUAUCUUAUUAUUAUGGCUCAAGACUCUUCUACUACCGAUCCACGGACAGCAACGGCUAACGUUACAAUUAUAGUUGAGGAUGAAAACGAUAAUACCCCAACAUUUCCGCAGUCAAUUUAUGAAACUUAUAUUUCAGAUCGUACUGUUCCGGGGGACUUUAUAUUUGGAAUAAAAGCAAAAGACAGUGACGUUGGAUUAAAUAAAAAGAUUUUGUAUGAUUUAAAAGGUGAACACCAAGACUUUUUUAGUAUCAAUAAAGACAGUGGUGUAAUAAAAGCUAAAGAGAGUUUGAUUAAGUUUAAAGACAGUAACAAAUCAUCAUAUAAUUUAAUAAUUAUAGCUACUGACUGUGGUACUAUACCAAGACAAAGUACAGCUGAGUUAAUACUUAUUCCAAAAUCGGUUAAGAAUUUUCCAAAAUUUACUGUUACAAAUAAACUAUCAUUUACUUUUUCCGAAGAUACCCCUGAAGGUGUUUUAGUAACAAGGUUAUCGGCCAUGUCACCUAAAAAAGGUCCAACUAGUUUGUUACAAUAUGCUAUAGCAGGAGGUAAUGUGGGUGAUGCAUUAAGAGUAGAACCAAUAAGUGGUGAAGUCUUUGUAACUGGUAAAGGACUUGAUUACGAAACUAUGCCUCUGUAUGAAGUAUGGUUUGAGGUUAGAGAUUCAGAUAAUCCUCCGUUGAAAUCAUUUAUUGAAAUAGAAAUAAAAGUUACAGAUGCCAAUGACAAUGCACCUAUCAUAGAAACUUUAUUAUAUAAUGCUACAGUACCAGAAGAAGAAUCUCCCCCACAGUUAGUAGUUAAAAUUGAAGCACACGAUGAAGACUCCAAUGAGAAUGGAAGAAUAUCUUACAGGCUUCUUAAUGAUUAUGAAGAGACGUUUAUAAUUGAACAAGAAAGCGGUGAAAUUAUCACUAAUAUAGCAUUGGAUAGGGAAUCUAUACCUUUUUAUGAAAUAUUAGUAGAAGCUUAUGAUCACGGAGUCCCUCAAUUAAUUGGAACGUCUACGGUACUGGUUACAGUAUUGGACAAAAAUGACAAUCCACCGAGGUUUACACGGUUGUUUAGUGUUAAUGUUACUGAAAAUGCUGAUAUAGGUUCAUUCGUUAUACGAGUUACGAGUUCGGAUCUCGAUACAGGACCAAAUGCAAAUGCCACUUACAGCUUUGUUGAAAAUCCGGGUGAAAAAUUUCUAAUUGAUCCAAUCAGUGGAAACGUAACUGUUGCGGGAUAUUUGGAUAGAGAAUUACAGGAUGAGUAUAACCUGAAAGUUGCUGCGAUUGAUGGUGCUUGGAGAUCAGAGACUCCUCUAACAAUCACUAUCCAAGAUCAGAACGAUAACGCGCCGGAAUUUGAAUAUUCAUUUUACAGCUUCAAUUUUCCAGAGUUACAGAAAAAGAAUAGUUUUGUCGGUCAAGUUAUUGCUACUGAUAAAGAUAAACAGGGUCCUAACUCUAUUAUAUCAUAUUCAUUACAACAAACAUCUGAUUUAUUCACAAUUGAUCCAGCCACAGGUGAAAUUUUAAGUAAAUUUAUGAUGAAAUAUAAAAGAACGUUAAAUAAUAUGUCCCCUGAAAACAGCUACUCUGUUAUUGUUGUUGCAACUGAUAAUGGGAAACCACCAAUGUCUUCUGAAUGUUUGGUAACAAUCAAUGUCGUAGAUGCUAAUAAUAAUAAGCCGAAAUUUAGAGAACAUGAAAAAUUUGUACCUGUACCUCAAGAUGCAAUUCUUGGAGAAAAGGUGGUUAAACUGACAGCAGAAGAUAAUAUGGACUUUGGAAUAAAUGCAGAAAUAGAAUAUUAUGUUUCCGGUGGAAAUGGAACAGCGUUUUUUACUAUUGAUAAAACAAAUGGAUGGAUUUUUGUUAACAAACAAUUUCAUUACACUGGGCAAUAUUACGAAGUGAAAAUAAAAGCUGUUGAUCGCGGAAUCCCGCCUCAGUUUGACGAGACGGUUAUAACGUUCGUCGUGACCGGUGAGAACAUUUACAGUCCUAAAUUUACGGCACUCAGUUAUCAAGUGAUUGUUCCUGAAAACGAACCUAUAGGCUCUUCAAUACUGACAUUGAAAGCCAACGAUGAAGACGAAGGACCCAACGGUAUUAUUAGAUAUGCUAUCUCAUCUAAUUCUGGCAAAGAGUUUCAAGUUGAUCCUGUUACGGGUACGAUAAGUAUCCUUCGGGCUCUCGAUUAUGAUGAAAUUCAAGAAUAUCGUCUUAACAUAACUGCUACUGACCUUGGUUUUAAGCCAAAAGAAGCAACAGCAACUGUUACAAUUAUUUUAACAGAUAUUAAUGAUAAUGCACCUCAGUUUAAUCAAUCACAUUAUGAAGCAUACUUGGCUGAAAAUUCACCAGUGAAUAGUUUUAUAUUUAAGGUACACGCUGUUGACAUUGACUCUCCGAAAAAUGCAAUUAUAAAAUAUCACAUUAAGAAUGAAAUGUCAUCCUUGUUCUAUAUCGGCGAAAAUACUGGAGCAAUAUUUUCAAAAGAAGUGUUUGAUUACGAAGAAAAGACAUCUUAUAAAUUAGAGAUAAUGGCUGAAAAUCCUGGUUCCAUGAUGCGUGGCAUAACUGAAGUAGUGGUGCAUAUAACUGGUGUAAAUGAAUUUUAUCCUAAAUUUAUACAACCAGUUUUUCAUUUCGACGUGUCUGAAUCAGCAGACGUUGGAACUAAUGUUGGUAUUAUACAAGCAACAGAUCAAGAUAGCGGGGACGAUGGGAUCAUUUAUUACUUAUUUGUUGGUUCCAGCAAUGAUAAAGGAUUCAGUGUUAAUUCUCAAACUGGCGUUAUAAGGGUAGCUCGAUAUUUAGACAGAGAAACACAAAAUAGAGUUGUUCUAACUGUGCUAGCCAAAAAUUCUGGUGGUAUUCGUGGUAAUGAUACGGAUGAAGCUCAAGUUAUCAUAUCAAUACAAGAUGGAAAUGAUCCACCUGAAUUUUUAAGAAUUUAUUACGAAGCAACAAUUUCUGAAUCUGCUAUUGUUGGUCAGAAAGUAAUUCAGGUAAAAGCUGUGGACAAAGACGUACGGCCACAAAAUAAUCAGUUUAGUUUCUCUAUUCUUGGUGGUAAUAUAAAUCAAGAUUUUAAAAUCGAUCCCCAAACUGGCGAAAUUGAAGUAUCUAGACAACUUGAUAGAGAAACAAUACCCACGUAUUCACUUAUAGUGGGUGCUAUUGAUACUGGUUUACCUCCACAAACAGGCACGACGACGGUUAAAAUCACGCUAACUGAUGUUAAUGAUAAUGGCCCAUUAUUCGAUACAGCUAAUUUUGAUGGAGCCGUUUAUGAAAAUGAACCACCUAAUACUAGUAUUACUACACUUUCGGCAAAUGAUCCGGAUUUGCCGCCAAAUGGGGCACCAUUUUCCUAUUCUAUAAUCGGUGGCAAACAUCAAAAUUACGUGAAAGUACACAGGCAUACUGGUGCAUUGUUUACCACUAAAAAAAUUGAUAGAGAGUUAACACCGCAGCUGGAAGUGAUAAUUCAGAUUGAAGAUAGUGGUACACCAGUAAUGAAAUCAAACUACACAAUACUUAUAAAGGUUUUGGACAGAAACGACAAUCCUCCAUCUCCAAGGUCAGCUCAUAUUCUUGUUUAUGCAUUUAAUAAUAAAGUACCAAUUGGUAAGAUUGCAGACGUAAAACCAAAUGAUCCAGAUAUUAUCGGUGAUUAUAAAUGCAAAAUUAUAAAAGAGUCUACAACAGAAAAUACUCUCUCAUUAUUUAGUAUACGAAAAGGAUGCGACCUUCAUACAAAUGAAGUGAGACCAGGUCAAGGAUAUUCAUUUUCAGUAUCAGGUAAUGACGGUCUUCAUAGAGAUGUAAUAUCAUCAAUAAGUGUUGAAUUCUUUUCUUUUGAUAAUACUACAGUUGAACAAUCCAUUACUAUGAGAAUACUAAAUAUGACUGCAUCGGAUUUCCUCACGCAUUUCUAUCGUAAUUUAUUAGAAAUUUUGAGAGGUGGCCUAAAAAAAGAUGAAAGUGCUUACUUGUAUAGCAUAAAUGAAGUAAAAGACGGAUUAGACUUAACAAUAGCAAUAAAAAGUAAUAACUCUGUUUGGAAAAAAGGAAACACAGAGAAGUAUGCUAAAGCCAAAGAAUCUGAAAUAAGUAAAAUGUUAAAGACCCCACUUAUUGUGUCGUAUUACCCAUGCGCGUCACAUCAUUGCUUAAACGAUGGUGUUUGCACUGAUGCAAUUAAAGUCAUAGACAAUGUAAAGAUUAUUGAGAGUUCCACUCUUGUUCUUUCAUCCCCGCUUGUUCACCAUGACUAUACUUGUCAUUGCACAGAUCGAUUUAUUGGAAUAAACUGUGAAAAAAGACAAGAUCCGUGUUCACCAAAUCCAUGUAAUUAUGGAGGUCAGUGUAGAAAACAAGGACAUGACUUUAUUUGCUCAUGUCCGCCACGACGAGAAGGAAAAACGUGCCAGUUUGAAAGGGAUGACGUUUGUAAUAGUAACCCUUGUAAGAAUGGAGGUUCUUGUAAAGAAAGCUCUGACAGCAAUUCAUUCUUUUGUUUAUGUCGCCCUGGUUAUCGUGGAGAUCUAUGCGAAGCUUUAGUGGACUCGUGCAGACCCAACCCAUGCAUGCACGGAGGUAUUUGUAUCAGCUUGAAACCUGGGUACAAAUGUAGUUGUACUAAUGGGCGAUACGGAACACAUUGUGAAAGUUCUACAUUUGGUUUUAAUGAGCUAUCGUAUAUGCAGUUCCCGGCCUUGGAUGCAUCUACUAAUGAUAUAACUAUUAUAUUUGCAACAACAAAACCUGAUGCUUUAUUGUUAUACAAUUAUGGUGCUCAAACUGGUGGUAGGUCAGAUUUUAUAGCGAUAGAGAUAUUAGGAGGAAAACCUGUCUUCUCAUUUGGCGGUGCCAGAACAUCAAUAACUUCGGUCUCAAUAAUGGAUCCCGCUGUAAAUACCGCUGAUGGUAAAUGGUACAAGUUAACAGCUACCAGAAAUGGUCGAGUCAUUUCACUUAGCGUCACCUCUUGCACUGACCAUGGUGAUAUAUGUAUGGAAUGUGAGCCCGGAGAUAAUUCAUGCUAUGAUGAUGACACUGGACAAGCUGGAACACUGAACUUCAAUAAUGAGCCGCUGCUUAUUGGUGGAUUACAUAAAGCUGAUCCUGUUUUGGAACGUCCAGGCCAAAUUCAUUCAGACGACUUUGUUGGAUGUAUGCACAGUAUCUCAAUUAAUGGCCGAUUACUAAAUUUAACAAAUCCUCUAAAAGCACGUGGAGUUGAAGCUAAUUGCGAUCGCACAGAAAAAGGCGCGUGCUAUAAGAAAGAUAUUUGUGGUUCUGGUAAAUGCCUUGAUAGAUGGAAAACCAAUAAUUGUAAAUGCGACAGCAAUGUUAUUUCUCCUGAUUGCAACAUAGCUUUUCAACCGAUAUCAGUAACAGAAAAUGGAUUUAUUAGCUACGUUAUAUCAGAAAAGCACAGAAGGAUGCAACUUCUUGAAUCAUUUUAUGGAGGUGAUACUAACUGGGAUAAAAGAAGCGGAAAAUUUUUUGCACGAACCGGAGCAAAAGUAAAUAACCCAGCAAAAAUUUUAACAUUCUUUUUUAAAACUAAUAGAAAAGAGGGUCUUCUAUUUUAUGCAGCAACUGAUAAGUACUAUACUAUCAUUGAAUUAUAUGAAGGAAAAAUUAGUUAUACUUCGAAACAAAAUUCUGUGGUUAAUAUGACGCAACAUGAACAUCAUGAUGUUUCUGAUGGUAACUGGCACAACGUUACACUAUAUUCGCAUGGAAGAAGCAUUCGAUUGAUAGUUGAUAAUGUUAAUGUAGGCGAAGAGCUUGACGCAGCUGGAGUCCAUGACUUUUUAGAUCCCUAUUUAACUGUUAUUUCUUUGGGAGGAGCUAAAGCAGAAUUGAUAUCAAAUAACAACAAAUUUGAAGGAUGUUUAGCUAAUUUUACUAUCAAUUUUGAACUACAGCCAUUUACAGGCAAUGGCAGCAUUUUUAAAGAAAUAAUACGCAAAGGAAAGAUAUUACCUGGAUGUCAUACUAUCUUUGGUACGGGCAUGGCUCAAAAUCCAAACCCACUGAACAUAGGCAUAACGCUCGUGAUAGUAUUUUUCAUAAUAUUGAUUGUGGCUAUUUCUAUUUCAUUUAUUGUUUACCGCCUUCGUAAGCAAAAUAAAGAAAAAGGUAAUAGUUCAGCAAGCAAAACGAAUAUAGUACAUACAAAACAAAAUGGUGGUCCGGCGAUGCUUAACGCUCCGAAUUUGAUUGCUGGAACUAAUGACAGUAUAAUGAACCGGCAUAAUAAUGAAACAAGCUUAAAUAGUUAUAUGUCGGAUAAUGCUGAUAUAAUGCGAAACGUUGGACAUAUUGUAGGCCCUGAACUCUUAUCCAAAAAAUAUAAAGAUCGUGAAAUUAUGAAUAUUGAUCCACCUAGGCCCCAACGACCGGAUAUAAUAGAAAGAGAGGUAGUUGGAAAGAGUCCAGCUUUAAGAGAAGAUCAUCACCCUCCUCCAGCUUCGUCAACAAAUACUUCUCACCACACCCACGACCACCCAAGUGGUAUGGAUUUAAAUUCAGAAGUACCCGAACACUACGACCUUGAAAACGCUAGUUCUAUUGCACCAUCAGAUAUAGAUAUCGUUUAUCAUUAUAAAGGAUUUCGAGAAGCUCCGGGUGUUCGAAAAUAUAAAGCUACACCACCACCAAUUGCAGGCUAUCAUCAUAAACAUCAAACACCUCAACAUAGGCAUUCACCCCAUCAUCCAAGUGGGUAUCCACCCAGAGUUUUGGCUCAAGCAACUCAACCUCCUCCCCAGCCUAGGCAACAUCAAACUACACCAUUAGCACGACUAUCCCCCAGUAGUGAACUUAGCCAACAACCAAGAAUUCUAACCUUACAUGACAUUUCGGGGAAGCCUUUACAAAGCGCUCUUUUAGCAACAACUUCUAGCUCAGGAGGGGUAGGAAAAGAUGCAUUACAUAGCAAUAGUGAACGUAGUCUGAAUAGCCCUGUGAUGUCCCAGUUAAGCGGACAAAGUUCUUCAGCGGGGAGAAAGACACCAAGUGCAACCCCGCAAGUUCCCCAAGUUGUUUCUGUUGGAUCAGGUGCUGUAGGUUUAACUGCAGAAGAAAUUGAAAGAAUGAAUGCUAGACAAAGAACUUCAAGCUUAGUUUCUACUUUGGAUGCAGUAUCAAGUUCCAGUGAAGCCCCCCGUGGGGGUGGAGUCAGUCACCAUAUGUCACACAGACAUCAUACUCCACCGGCUGACAAUAGAAGUUCUACCGGGUCUGACGAUGAAAGUGGUAACGAUAGCUUUACAUGCUCAGAAAUAGAAUACGAUAAUAAUAGCAUAAGUGCAGAUAAACCUGAAGAUAUCAGGAGGCAGAACGUUAAUAGUGGAAACAAUAACAAAAAACCCAUUUUACCUCCACCAUAUGAAAGUUUCGAUUCCUCAUUUCGAGGGUCCUUAAGCACGCUGGUUGCAUCAGACGAUGAUUUGGCUCCUCAUGUUGGCGCAGCUUUAUACAGACAAGCAAACGGUUCUCCUGCACCUGCCACGCUUGGUUGGGAUUACUUUCUGAACUGGGGUCCAAACUUUGAAAGCAUGAUUGGAGUAUUUAAAGAUAUUGCCGAAUUACCAGAUGCUGUAAAUGGUAGAAUGUCUUCCUCACUGAGACUCCCAAAUGGUACUCCAAAGCCUUCGGAAGAAUAUGUUUGA